CCUCCUCUUUCCCGGACUGGCUCCUUGAUCCUGCGUGUGUCUUCAGCGCGCGGCUGGGAGAGCUGGACGGAGCCGCACCCCCAGUCCUAUUCCGGGGGACAUCUGUUGCGACACCCGGCUUGCCCAUUACUCAGGCCGGAUAUUGUCGGACUGCAGAAUUUUGUUGGCAUCGGUGUGGACGGUCUUGUUCCUUCUGUUCCGCUAAGCGCAGAAGACAGGCCGGGGCCGCCGGAGUCUAAACAGGCUUAGACCUUUAAUCGUUUUACUAAUUCAAGUGCGGGAACCUGGGAAAAUACGGCGUGUGCCCAUACGCAGCGGUCACUUUUUUCCAGGAGAGACUAGCUAGCAGGCUAACCGUCUCUAACAGCGAGGAAAACGCCUCGAUACCUGAGGAACUCUUGUUAGCUUCAGCUAGCUAACUAGUAGUUUAGUCAUAUAACGUUAAAAUAACUAACCUAGGUUAUUCAUUGCCUUGUAUUGAUACCUCUAUUAAUCAGUUAUACGUGAUUUUACUAUGUUGCUCUAUAUUACUAAUUAAUACAAUAAUAUCUAGCAAACUUUAAUAUAAUACGCAUCCGUUCUUUUUGUCACCUGUAUUCAGUACCUGACAUCUAGUUUUAUAAAUCAGUUAGCAAAGCGCUCAUUCGUAUCCAUUUUGUUCUCGGUGUUUUCUUGUGAAAUUUCAAUUUUAUGAAAUCCAUCAUUUCAAAUCGGUGAUCGGCCACAGGUAGUCAGUUUGCGGAGAACUUUUCUAAUUGACUGAAAAGCAAGACAUUUUACAACGGCAUAAAUUAUUAUACAACGGUUAUUUUUGGUUGUUGUGAAAUAGUUAAUUAGUGUUUCCGAGAAGUAAUUGCUAGGUAGCUUCUGCCUUCUUAAAAUCCGACAUGGCCCCAAAAAGAAGACCUGUUCCCCUGAACAUCGCACCCAGUGGAGAUGGACAGCUGUCCACCAAUAUCGAUGCUGCUUCCGAGGCCAAUUUGGCCACCCUGCAGAAGAAACUGGAGGAGUUGGACCUGGAUGAACAGCAGAAGAAGCGUCUCGAGGCCUUCCUCACCCAGAAGGCCAAAGUGGGUGAGUUGAAGGAUGACGACUUCCACCACAUCUGCGAGCUAGGUGCUGGGAAUGGCGGCGUGGUCAACAAGGUCCGCCACAAACCUUCGGGCCUAGUCAUGGCAAGGAAGUUGAUCCACCUUGAGAUCAAACCGGCCAUCCGUAACCAGAUCAUCCGUGAGCUGCAAGUGCUGCACGAGUGCAAUUCCCCCUACAUCGUUGGCUUCUAUGGAGCUUUCUACAGCGAUGGGGAGAUAAGCAUCUGCAUGGAGCACAUGGAUGGGGGAUCCUUGGAUCAGGUGCUGAAGGAAGCCAGGAGAAUCCCAGAGGAGAUUCUUGGAAAAGUCAGCAUAGCUGUUCUUAGGGGCCUGGCUUAUCUGCGGGAGAAGCACCAGAUUAUGCAUAGAGACGUGAAGCCAUCCAACAUUUUGGUGAACUCGCGUGGAGAGAUCAAGCUGUGCGAUUUCGGUGUCAGUGGCCAGCUCAUCGACUCCAUGGCCAAUUCCUUUGUGGGGACCCGCUCGUACAUGUCGCCCGAGCGUCUGCAGGGCACCCACUACUCGGUGCAGUCGGAUGUGUGGAGCAUGGGCCUUUCCCUGGUGGAGUUAUCCAUCGGUCGCUAUCCCAUUCCUCCUCCAGACGCCAAGGAGCUAGAGGCUAUUUUUGGCCGCCCUGUGACUGAUGGGGCUGAAGGAGGUAUCCACAGCACCUCCCCGCGCCCCAGGCCCCCGGGGCGGCCAGUCAGCGGACACGGUCCUGCCAUGGCCAUUUUUGAGCUCCUGGACUACAUUGUGAAUGAGCCUCCACCCAAGCUACCGCACGGCGUCUUCACCACGGAUUUCCACGAGUUCGUCACAAAAUGCCUCAUCAAAAAUCCCGCAGAGAGAGCUGACCUGAAGAUGUUAAUGAACCACACGUUUAUCAAGCGCUCCGAAGUGGAGGAGGUCGACUUUGCAGGCUGGCUGUGCAGAACCAUGGGGCUGAACCAGCCCAGCACCCCGACUCGCACCAGCGUUUGAGCGCCACGUGUGUGUACUCACGCACAUAACACACACAUCGCUUGGGUAUAGUGUUUUUUUUAUUUAUUUGUUGUUUUUUUGAGGACAUUUCCUGCAGCACCUGUUUUACUGUAGUAAAACCUGGUAAUAAAAUAUUACAUUUUUGGCCCUUUUUACUUUUUCAAGCAGAAUUUAAAAUAAUAAAAAAAAAGUUGUAUCGUGCAUUUUGGGUUUUGCCAUCUUUUUGGAAGAGAUGAAUAAGUUGCUAACAUGUAAAAUCAACCCCAUGCACACACCAGAUAUGAAACACAUACAUGUGAGUUUAACGAGUUUUACAUAGCACCAGCAGAGUCCGUUUUAGCUUGUACUAAUUCUACAGUAGCUUGUGAGCUGUUUCAAAGUGAAGUCAUCUGACUCAGAAGCCUGUAACAAAGUCUUACAGACAUGCCCGUACUGGUGAUUUUAUGGCAAGGACUGGUGUUUAUUCCCUGAAAACCAAAAUGCUGUUUCUGGUUUAACGUUUGGGCAUGCUGCCUUAGAAUACUGAAACAAAUGUCUGUAGCUCAGUGCGGUUGGUGAAAUUGAAACUCCAGAGUUUCAAUUUCCAUCAUGAAGUCUAUUUUUAUUACUUUUAAAUAGGCAUUAAAUUUGCUCUCUUCAUACUGUUAGUCUGGCAAGUUGACCUGCGAUAAAACAGGGUAAAUUACUCGUACUACCAAUUCUAACUUUGUGGCCAAGCAUCAGAAGUAAUAUGGCCAAUAUAGUGCUUUUGUAAUGAUUAACCCUUAGCGUGGUUCUUGCGCUACAUUUUAUUUCCAACACAUUUGGUGGCAGUGUUUUGUGGCCUUUAGGUCUGGGUGUUGUUAUUUGAAAACAGUAUUGGUGUAUUUUUUUCCCCCACAGCUACUACGCCAUGCUUGUACCUGAGGCUGUUUGUAUAGGAGUGUUUCAUGGUGGGAUCUUUCUUUUUUUGGACCCCUUUGCAAAGUGCUAAAGCUUAGCUGUGAGUUCUGGUCAAGUAUGGUUGCCUACUUCCUCGAUUGCGAUGCCAGUAAUUUUAUCGCAUUGUCUGCAUUUGCCCCAGAGGUUAUAGUACCGGAAUGUACGUGAUGCGGUCUGAGCAGGUCAUUGUGGAGGUUAUCUCCUACUAGCUGAUUGUUGCUGAUUGAGCUGCAGCGUUGAGGGCAAUCUAGCUGUUAAGGGCAACUUACCUGUAACUUGAACGAUUCUAGUUCAAGCUGCCGGUGAAUCCUCCAGUAGUACCUUUGAGAAACCUCAGCUUCUGAAUUGCCUUUCUUGAUUUGUAUACAAAAUUUUUGUUCAUUUAUUUUUGCUAUUGGUGUUGUUAUGAGGAAGAAUCCUGGUUCAUAGUGUACAAACCCAGGUGUCAGGCUGGUGUCUUUUUUUUUGUGUGUGUUUUGCCUUCUGCAUCUUAAAUGUGUUAAUUUAAUUUCAGCUCAUGCUGGACUUCUGUUUAUUCUUAUGCUUUGGGUCUUGCUUUUCUCUUUUUAAAUAAAUGUGCCGUGUUUUUCAUAUUGUGAAAGGUUAAAAUAAUUAUACAAAUUGAGUAAUUACAUCUGAAAGGUGGCAUUUGUGUAAUUUCAAAUUUGUCUUUCUAUGUGAUAUGAAAAUAUGUAUAUAUUGAAUCCUGGAUGUUUACACAUACGCGUGUGUAUACAUGUCCACAUGCAGAGAAAUGGUAUGCAUUGUUUCAGGUUCUGCCUUCUAAAGUGUGUGGAUUGAAUGUAACUUAAAAUAUAUAUUUUUUUCCUUUGGAGAGUCAUUGAUUACUAGUAUGAAGGUCUAGUACUGUAACUGGUGAGAAUAAGUUGUUUGAAACAAUCAGGACGGUUGAAGGAAAGAAUCUAUUUUUGUUUGGAAUAUAUAUAUUUGGGGUGAAAGCUUUUGUCUUGUCUUUGGGUUUGUGGGUACUUUGCCAGUUUGUAUGUUCUUGUGAGUUUUCUCUAAUGCUUUAGAAUGGGGAAGUUUUGUAGUAAAAACAAAGCUGUUGGGGAAAAAGGUCUUAAAGUUUUAUGGUCAAUAAAUGGCAUGUGAAGACUUAUAAAAA